CCGGGGCCGGGCCGCGCCGCGCCGCACCACCACCACCUCCUCCGGGGCGGGGGCGGCCGGAGCCCGCCUCCGAGGAAGUGAUGGAGGCCGAGGGAGGAGAAGGAAGAGCCGCCGCUGGUUGCCUUUACUUGGUAGAUACGUUAGCAGAAGAUCCAGAGGUUCUGCAAGGAGAUGCUGAAACAUACUAUGAAAAACUCUUGAUGAAAUCAUCGUCUGCUCCUGAUGUUUUUUCGAUCCCUGGAGGAGAAGAGGUUAAACUUGAAGAUUCCUGUGUGUGUUUUGUCCCUCUCUACCGAAAUAAUUCUACUUGCAAAAUGUUGCUGUUAACUGAUCCAAAGGAUAAAGAGACAGUUUUGGCAGUUUAUUUGAACCAGUGUUGGUGGCCUGUGGAAGAUGUAGUAAAGACGGCUGAUCCUUCUAGAGAUGGGCUAAUUUUGGUCCAGACGUUUGGAGAAAGGAUUGUCCUCUUUGUUCUGAACUACAUUAUUUUUGGAAUGCUGGAAGGGAGUUCAGCUAAUGAUGCAUUCUUUCUACCUCACUCUGCCACUGAGUGUGCCAAGAUACUCUGGAGAAAUGGCGAGGCUGUUGGCUUUUACUCGGUCAAGAUGAAAGGGAGCCUAUGUGAUGGUACAACUAGUCAAUGUUACUUGCUGCCUGUUUUGGAUACUAUAUUCGUCCGAAGAAAGUACCGAAGAGGUGGCCUAGGGAUGAAAAUGCUGUGUGAUUUCUGUCAGUCUUUCAUGGCUGAGGAUGCCUUGGGGAUCAGCUGCCCUAUUUCUGCUGCAAUGUAUCAAGUUUGCCAGAAAUUCUUGCAGACUUAUCCGGAGGAGCAGAAGCGACUGUGGGAGGUGGAAGCACCAGGAGAUUGGAGCCAGCGAGUGAAUAUCUGGUUAAAAAUUCAGAUGGAGUCAUCCCUUGCAGGAAGGCAUUGAAUACAUUCCUGGUGUUGGGAAAGUGGCAGGAGACACCACAGGAAAAAAAAAAGAUGACGCAGCAGCAGGAGCAGGGACUCUAAACUCCCAGGGUCCUGAACAAGAGGACUUAGAACAAGGUUCAGGCCAUACCCAGCAAUGCAAAGGAUUCAGAAAAAAAGCAGGCCCUGGGGGCUUAGUUGGAGACAAGGCCACCAAACAAUUCAGAA